AUGAGCUUCCCACCUCCUGGCCACGGGCAAUAUCCGCAGUACAUACCACCGCCGUAUCAGCAUGGGCCUGUGCCCCCGCAGAUGCUGUAUAAUGCCGGACCGCCGCCAGCGCCCUAUGAUGGCUAUGGGAAGCCGGGGAUGUACCCUCCCUCGAUGAUGGGAUACUCGUAUCCAUCGACUUAUACUCAACCACAGCAGCAAAUACAGCAGCCGCAUCCCUCGCAAACGCCCCCGCAGCAGCCACUUCAAUUGCAGCAACCUCGCCAACAUCCGCAACCCCAAAUUCAACCGCAGCCACAACUUCUCCCUCAGCUACAGUCACCCCAACUACAGUCGCCUCAGCCUCAACCACAAUCUCGACCUACUUAUGUUCCUGCACCUGCACCUGCACCUACAUCUGCUCCUCCCCCGGCAACAGUACAUGCACCGGCACCGGCACCUCCACCUCAGACCCAACAAAUCCAACAAGAAGACUUGCAGCAGUUCGUGAAUCCCGCGCAAUUAUUUGUUAACCAGCCUUUACCGUCUGCUCCGCGAUCCCGAUACACUCAGCUCCCUCAGUAUGCCGAGUUACCUGUUAUGCCAACUGCGAGCCAUUCCCAGAUAUCCCAGGAACCUUCGUUUACCCCACCAGCUGCACCAGUCCAUAUUUCUCCGCCUGCUGCCAGCUCUAGAGUGAAUACUCAGAGAAUUCAAGGGCAAGUAAACAUUCAAAUUCAGCAGCAACCAGCUCAACCACCAAAACCGCAACCUCAACUGCAACCGCAACCUCAACUGCAACCGCAACCUCAACUGCAACCGCAUCCUCAGGCGCAACUGCAGCCUCAACCCAUCAUCAAACUCGAACCCAAGCAACCUUACAUCUCUCCCAAGGCUGGAGCUGAGCAGACAACCCCUUCUCUUGCGGCAACCGCAAAAUUUGUUUCAACGCCGGUACGACCUCAGCCAGUUCCAUCUCCAGUGAAACAUUCUAUGCCGCAAGUCAUAGUACCGGCACCUUCUCCCGACGUUGAAGUAAAAAUUCGAAUGCAGAGCCAGACACCGAAGAAACAGCAGACCCCGCAGCGUGUAGAAACGAAGCGACCGACUCAACAUUCUGCCGAAAAGAAUGGGAAGUCUCCAAUCACCAAACCUGCGAAACCCCCGGUCGACUAUCAGGUUCUUUUAUUGUCGUUGGCAGAUGAAUAUCUCAACGCUGCUCAUUCCCAUGGAACAACCACGUCCCUUGCCACAAACGAAGCCGAUGUUGAAGAAUACUAUAAAUUAGUCGCUACUGGACUGGGGUGUUUGGAAGCUGUUUUGAAGAAUUGGCGAUUGCAACCACGCAAAGAAGCGCUUGUGAGACUUCGUUAUGCACGGACGUUGUUCGAGGAAACAGACAAUGAUCUCGAAGCAGAAACCGCACUAAGCAAAGGAAUCGAUCUUUGUGAACGAAACCGUAUGCUUGAUUUAAAGUACAGCAUGCAGCACCUUCUAGCACGAAUGAUCCACAAGUCCAACCCCAAAGCUUCCUUGAAAGCCGUCGAUGGCAUGAUCCAGGAUGUGGAAGCAUAUAGGCAUGCUGCGUGGGAGUACGCAUUCCGUUUUCUUCGAGUAACGCUUUCUUUGUCGACUCCAUCGCAUCAAGACUCGGUACAAGCACUGCAACACCUUCAUAAGAUUACCGCCAUGGCAAGUCGGAACGGAGACAAGGCUGUCUCGGCCAUGGCAGCUGUUAUCGAAUCACUGGCACAUUUGCAGCAAGGAACGAGCUCAGACUCGAUUGAGCAAGCACAGCGCGCCGUGGCUGCUGCGCGUAGCCAUCAACUAAAUGAUGAGCUUCGCCAUAUCCCACAACUUACGACCUUGAUCCAGAUGGUCGAUAUUUGCUGCAGUCUUCUUGAGUAUGAUGUCAAUCAGUCCGGCCAAAAGUUGAAGAUCAUGCAGGCUUUGAUGGAUGAGACACUCGGUGACGCUAAUUGGCGUCCUGACGGGUCAUUCUCCGUCCCACUCAAUGGAAAGUCCGCUGGACCCUCAUCGAUCGACACCGGUGAUAUCCUGUUAGUUCAGAAUGGGACAUUAUGGCUGAGCUUUAAUUGGCUCCCCCAGCAUGACCUAUAUGCACUUUGCUACUUCCUCAGCUCGAUAACGCUCAGCGCAAAAAACUCAUACGAUGGCCGAAAAGCAGAGAAAUACCUGGAGGAAGGACUUCGGAUGAUCCAGGGCAACUUUAGAGCUCCUCAAGAAAUUUCAGAAUCCAUGGUCAAUGCCAACCGACGAGUGCAAUGGCGCCAGUCUCUGUACUGCAACUUUCUAUUACAGAAAGUCUUUUUGGCCUGCUCUCGUACCGAUUGGGAGCUCGCCAGCCAAACUCUUAAAGACCUGCAACAGGUCUUCCAAGAGCUUGGCUCAACACUUCCAGACACGAUUGAAUGCUUAAUGGAAUAUGCCGCGGGCACCAUCGCACAGGCGACUGGUGAUCUACAAACCGCACUGGCCAUCUUCCAAUCGCCACUUCUAUCUCUCAAUGCAACGACCAGCAAGACAGCCCGGAACGACCCAUGCCGUGACACGCGUAUUCUCGCAGGUCUUAACAGCGUAUUGAUAAUCCGGGACCCAGCCCACCCAUCGCAUUCCCUCCUACCAAACGCCCUGGCCAACAUUGAGCCUUUCUGCCAAGGGAGUCCAAACAAAUACAUCCAGGCUGCGUACUAUCUAGUCUGUGCAACAUUCCAAUCCGAAUCAACCAUACAGACAAAACAGUACCUCCAACAAGCUCUCCAGUCAGCCACUGCUAUCAGCAACUCCCAGAUCACCUGCAUGACCCUCACCUUCAUGAGCUGGAAGUACUUCCGCGGUGUCGUCGGCGAACAAGCCGAGAAGAGCGCCCGCGCCGGCCGCGCCAUGGCCAAGCGCGCAAACGACCGUCUGUGGGCGAGUGUCACCGACGACAUGCUAGCCGAGACUUUAGAACGACAAGGCAAAAACGAAGAAGCCCAAGGUGUUCGCGAAGAAGGCUUGCGCUUGGUGGCAGGUCUUCCACCAGGUCUGAGACGCUUUGCUUAG